CCCUCCCUGUGGACGUCACUUCCAGCAACAACAGCAGACGUCAGAGCUGCCCGGGCAGGAGUCAGGGCGGCGGCGGCGGCGGGCUCGGACUGCCUGCCGAGGCUCCUUCCCUGGGCCUGUACGCCUCUCCCUGCCGCCAGGCCCGUGCAGCCCCUCCCGCCCGGCGCGGCCCUCGCACGCAGGCGGGCCGGGCUCGUCGCGGCGGCGGUUGGAGCGGAGCUGGCACAGCAGGCUCGCAGAUGGGUCAGGGACUCUGGAGAAUUGCUAGGAACCAGCAAUUGCAAGGAUACAGUGGACAAAGCUAUCUUACCAGGGAGCAUGGUAGGAGGAUACCUGCUAACAAUGUUUCCAAUACAAGCCACCGCAAACAAGCUCAAGGAGGCAUUGACAUCUACCACCUGCUGAAGACAAGAAAAUCUAAAGAACAAGAAGGAUUCAUUAACUUGGAAAUGUUGCCACCAGAGCUCAGUUUUACCAUUUUGUCAUACUUGAAUGCAACUGAUCUCUGUCUAGCAUCAUGUGUCUGGCAGGAUCUUGCUAAUGAUGAGCUCCUCUGGCAAGGGUUGUGCAAAUCCACUUGGGGUCACUGUUCUAUAUACAAUAAGAAUCCGCCUCUAGGAUUUUCUUUUAGAAAAUUGUAUAUGCAGCUAGAUGAGGGCAGUCUCACCUUUAAUGCCAACCCUGAUGAGGGUGUCAACUACUUUAUGUCCAAAGGCAUACUAGAUGAUUCACCGAAAGAAAUAGCUAAGUUUAUCUUUUGCACAAGAACACUGAAUUGGAAGAAGCUGAGAAUCUACCUUGAUGAAAGGAGAGAUGUUUUGGAUGACCUUGUGACGCUGCACAACUUCAGAAAUCAGUUCUUGCCAAAUGCACUGAGAGAGUUCUUCAGACACAUUCACGCUCCUGAGGAGCGUGGGGAGUACCUUGAAACUCUCAUAACAAAGUUCUCUCACAGAUUCUGUGCUUGUAAUCCUGAUUUGAUGAGAGAGCUUGGCCUUAGCCCUGAUGCAGUUUAUGUACUGUGUUACUCUUUGAUUCUCCUUUCGAUUGAUCUAACAAGCCCUCACGUGAAGAACAAAAUGUCAAAGAGGGAAUUCAUCCGGAACACGCGACGAGCUGCACAGAAUAUUAGUGAAGAUUUUGUAGGGCACCUUUAUGACAACAUCUACCUUAUUGGCCACGUGGCUGCCUAAAAGCACAAUUUGCUAGCACUUAAAAUUUGUAAUUUUCAAAAACUACAUCAAUUCAAGAUAUUAAUUAUUUUGUAGAGAUGGGGGUUAUUUUAGUGCUGGUCAUUCUAACCUCUGUAUGCAAUCAAAGUUUGUGUGUGUAAGUGUGUGUAUGUGUAAACUACCUUUUCUAUCUAUUAACUGUGGGAACAGAAGGACUUGUUUUUCAUAAUUUUUAUUUUAGUUUUGCACAAAACAAUGCCAUUAGUCUGACACGGCCAUUUAUGAAUGUUAAACUGACAUUACAGUCUAAGCUGAAAAAGUGGUGAAUUUGUGCAUUAGAUCUGCUUGAAACUUUAAUAAGUUCAUUCUUUUUAGAAUACCAUGUAAUGUGUAUAUAUUUAACUAAAGAGAUUUAUAAUCAUAAUUAUUUUAUUGUAAAGUAUUUUAACUAAAAUUUCUCCUUUUAUCUCUUAAAUUAGUGUUGGACUUUUCGUUUGCAUUUUUUUACAAUGCUAACUACCUCAGAUACUUAAGUUAGAGGAACAUUGAUCUGAAUACUACAAUAAAGUUUAUUCUAGGAGAUGAUAGAACACUUGUAAAAUAUCUAAGCUGAUGUUUUAUACUGUAUUUAUUAACUUGAAUUAGCAUGUUGCCAAUCUGCUAUUCACCCAACUUUAAAGAUUACAGGCUCUAUUUUAGAUGAACCCUGAUGCCAUAAAGGGUUAUCCAGGGGAAAUCAUGCAGUGUACAGAGAGGUUUACAUCAUUUACAUACACAACCUAUUUUGCAGAUGCUGGUUUUUGGGAAACAGGACAACUACAAUCACCUGUUCAACACAGUAAGCAAGAAAAAUCUGAACAGGGAAAGUGGUAGGAGUGAGUAACAUGUUGCUGCUUUCAACUGGUUCCCUCAGUCUAGAAGUGUCAAUGAUAGAAAUGCCUUGGCAAAUGUAUACCAGAUGACUCGUUGCUAAAGCUGUUAAAAACUGACAGUGCAAGAUUAGAGCAGUGGCUGUCAAGGAUUGGAGAACUGUUUCAGAGUCAGAUACUGAAUUACUUUCUAAGUUGGUCAUGUAGCUAGAUUUUAAACAGCUCUACAUUUGUGGAAAUACUUCAAAAAUUACUUGUUCAGGUUGUGUCUUGACAUUUCCUGAAGUGUGAAGAAUAUUAGCAGUGGAACUGCUGUGCAUGUGCAGGAAUUGACUAAGGAUUUGCCUAGUUUUGUUCAGACAACUCUAGGAGCAGUUGAUAUAACAUGUAGUUGAAGUAAGAGCUGUUCCUGAUUAUGUUUGUUUACAUAAUAUUCAGCUAUCAGUAGCAUCUGGAUACAUCAUGGUAACAAGUAUCUUUCAUCUUUUUCCCUACCUUAUCAUGAGGUGAUGUGGGAAGUUAUUCUUAAUCUGUAAAACAGAACUAAUCUGAAUUUUUAUGUAGAAAGCCUAUUGCAGAGCCAAGAAUUUAAUUCAGGAGUGACCCCUCACAGCCAUGCCCUUUGCCUAUGCUGCUGCUUUCUGUUUAGCACCUAGGGAGUGUUACCUUUGUUUUAGAUGUGAGGACAGUCCAUACAAGGGCUACAUAAAUGAUGGGAAGAAAAAGAUGUAGCUAUUACUAUUUCAAGUGUUUAUAGCUCUGCUCCACAAACCAAAAUGCAUGCAAAAAAAGUACUUUUUUAUUGCAUUAACUUUUAGCAAGUGUAAAUGCCAUUGCAUUUAUGUAGCAUACACAGCCAAAGCCAGGAGCCAGCAGUAUUGUGGCCCAUCACUAUUGUGCCCUGUGUUACAGGCAGGUUUACAGUAUCACCUGCCUUGCUCAGGAUAACUACUCCUCACCCAGUGUUGCAGAAAGUCCAAGGAUGCGUUCUGCAGUGGUCACUUAAUCUCAAACACAAAAUAAGAGUGUAUAGUACAGUGUUAAGGCACAGGUGUCUGCUACUGUACUACAGAAAAAAAAAUUUGAAAGCUUUUAAUGUAAUUUGUAAGACCAGUUAUAAAGGACAAGUGCCUCUGGGCUAUUUAAAGUGAUUUGAAGUGGAGACAGCAGAAUAUAGUUUCCUAAGAAACACUCCUCAAAGGUUACACAUUUUAAAAGAAGAAUUCAGUGAAUUUUGAAAUUAGAACUUUUCUUGUUAGAAAAUAUUAUCUUCUCAAACCACAAAUGCAGAACGAGGUUUAAUUCUCUUCUGGCAUAUGCUUAGCUUGACAUUAGCGAUACUGGUUUUGAUUUUGCACUAGUAAGAAAGUAUGAAUUGUUAAUCUGCAUUUCUCCUAAUUUCCUGUUACCCUGAUGCAGUACAAAACCUGCAGGCAGACAGAACGUGUUUUUUCUGGAAUAGAUGAGUACAUCUAUUAGCACGGUCUAGAAAACUUCUAGGCCACUGUAGCAGCCAAGAAGAUAAAUUAGAAACAGAAUGAUACAAUUCAAGUUUCCAUAAGACAAGGCUAGGGUAAAAGAAAACGAAACCCUAAUGACAUGCAGAUAACAGCAUCUGCUCUUCACAACAAGAUUUUGAGCAGUGUUAGAGGAUUAGCACCCAAUUCAUGCUCUACAGUAUGUUACUAAAUCAGAGUGGAACAGAAAAUAGCAAACACAACAUGCCAAGUGCAAAUUCCCUCAGAGGCAAUCACGAAGCAACUAAUUAAUACAGACAUUACUUCUGUCUUUUUUCUUUUUCCAGUUUGAGUCUAAGUCUAAAGUGGCUGAGAAGUAAUGUUUUGCAUUUUAGCAAUUAGAUUUUUCAUGAAGUUAAGCAAUUUUCUGUCUUAAAAAGAGAAAAAAAGUUUUAAUCACUCUUAAAAAGUGAAAAAAAUUGUCUUGGUUGUCCUCCAAAAGCUCUUUAAAAAACAAAGUUUUUUGCAGUGUUUUCUUCAAUGCACUUGGUGUCUCCACACACAUUUUAAAAUAAUGAUGCUUCAUUGAUCCAUGUGUCACUAAAUGAUGUGAUGUGGAAAUAGGUCCUUGAUCAAGCACUUCAGAAGACUUGGGCAGAGGAUCUCAAGCUCAACUAUGUGAGCAUGAUCAUGCUUAUAACUGUCUAGUGUUUCUCAAGCUAUUGCUAUUCCACCACUGCAUGUCCUUUGAAUUUUGGCCAUGUGGUGUUGCCUUAACUCUUACCUGUAUGCACUGUACACAGCACUGAAGGAAGAAGUGAGCCUGAAGCCCAUCCCUCUGCAAACACUCACUGUUCUGUCCUAAAGGACACUAGAAUUUUUCUGAAUGGCCAUUUCUGAAAGUUUGGUAACUUCAGUAUACACAGAUGUGACAGAAGGAAAACUUUUCUGUUUGUGUUGGGAAAAUGAGUGUACCUGUGUUCAUGUAAAGUGUCACACAAAUGCAGCUCAUAUUUGCUUAUUAUAAAGUCUGAGGCUCUCAUUGCAUUUAUUGAGGAAAUAUGGCAUAUAUUAGAUAUUCACAUAGUUUAGCUAUAGACAGCAUCUGAUAUUAUCUGUUUUCUCAAACUCUAUUUCUGUCUAGAAUACUUUCCAUCCAAACUCUAAACAACACAUUUAUUCAGUUUUGACUUUCUAAAAUAAAUCAAAGCUGCUGCAACAUAUAUCAACCCAAACAAGUUUGAGACAUGUUUGUCAAUUUUGAAGCAAGUGAGAAAUUUGCAUUCAGGAAAAAGAAUUCAGUUUGUUCUCCUUAACCUUUCCCUUCCACCCCCCACGCUGGAAAAAGAAAAAAUGUAAACAGUUUCAAAAUACAGCUUUAAGAAAAUAAACUGACUAGCUGGGCAAAUAAAUGUUAUUAUUUCUUCUUCAGUA